UCGUGCUUUCACAUUGUCACUUGAAGGCAGGCAUGUGUGGAAGGGAUGGCAUCGGAGCGCAACAGUGGAGGCACACAACCACCACCCCUGUCUAUGUGCUCCUCUGCAGCAGCAGCUGGAUCAUGGCUGCACCGGGGAUCAUCAUCGUCUACGCACCUUUCCUGCUUUCCCUCCUCCACUCCCCCUCCUAGCCAAGGUCUCCCUUCUUCCCACGCUGCUUCUAUGCUCUUUUGCCUUGUUGACUCUCCUCCGCCUCUUCCCCCUUCCCAUGCUGCCCUUCUUUCUUCACCACAUCACUCAUUCUCGUUUACUCUCCGGCCUCUCUCAAGCUGCGGCGUCAGAUGCAGUCCUACGGAUUCAAGACCUCAUGUAGAUAGAUGCUUUCGACGGAGCAUUGAUGAUGUGAGUACCAUCAGUGUAGACGACUGUUCAGAUUUUAUAUUAGACGGAGAUUUAAGCUUCCGCAGGUGUUGGGAUGCUUCUAUAAGCGAGUCCAUUAGCAGCAGCUCAGACGGGUCCUGCGCACAGGAGUGGUCUCUUUGCAGCUCCAGGGAUAGAUCUGGUGAAGCGCCUUCUUUUGCUCCAAAUAUGAGUAAUACACGAAAUACAUUCAUGUGGGAAGAGAAGAGAGAAAAACGGGAGACGGAACUCUCAGAGGUGGAGAUGAUGAAAGAGCGGUUUGCCAAGUUGCUGCUUGGGGAGGACAUGUCAGGUGGUGCCAAAGGUGUUUAUACCGCUCUGGCGAUAUCAAAUGCGAUCACCAAUUUUUCUGCUUCACUUUUUGGUGAACUAUGGAAACUGGAACCACUGCCUGAGGAACGACGAAUGAGGUGGCGUAGAGAAAUGGAGUGGCUUCUGUCUGUCAGUGAUCACAUUGUCGAGCUUGUGCCGUCGUGGCAAACCUUCCCUGAUGGGAGCAGUACUGAGGUUAUGAUAACCAAGCCCAGGUCCGAUCUUCACCUCAAUUUGCCAGCUUUACGCAAGCUCGAUGCUAUGCUGCUGGAUUCUUUGGAUAGCUAUUCAAACACGGAAUUUUGGUAUGUGGAUCGUAGCGUUGUCAUGUCGGAAAAAGACAACGUCGCUGCUUCAAGGUUGUCUAUGCAGAGACAACAAGAGAAGUGGUGGCUCCCAAAUCCAAAGGUACCCGUGGAUGGCCUUUCCGAGGAGGGACGAAGGAAGCUUCACCACCAACGAGAAGCCAUAAACCAGAUUUUGAAGGCUGCCAUGGCUAUCAAUGGCCAAGUCUUGUCAGAGAUGGAAGUUCCUGAUGUAUAUUGGGAUUCGCUUCCUAAGAAUGGGAAGUCUAGCUUGGGUGAUGCAAUUUACAAAUAUCUUUCUUCAGACAGUUACGCUGCCGAACAAAUUUUAUCUAUGGUGGACCUUACAAGCGAGCAUAGUCAGUUGGAAGUUGCAAAUAAGCUAGAAACUGCAAUACUAGUGUGGCGUCGUAAGAUUCAGUCGAAGCAUUCAAAUGCUGCAGCCAAAUCAUCUUGGGGAAUCAUGAAAGACCUAGUGGCUGACGAAAACAGGAGGGAGCAGAUUGCUGAUAAAGCAGAGACUAUGUUGCACACCUUGAAGUUGCGGUUCCCAGGGUUACCACAAACUGCCCUUGACAUGAACAAGAUCCAGUAUAACAAGGAUGUGGGUCAGUCAAUUUUGGAAAGUUACUCUCGGGUUCUUGAGAGUUUGGCCUUUAAUAUCAUUGCUCGCAUUGACGAUGUUCUCUAUGCGGAUGAUCUGGUGAAGAAUUCUGUGGGGCUUCCUCCAAUUCCACCGUCGUCAAAUGGACCACCUUACCAAACCAAGAACCCCUAUGGACAUCACAAUAUCCAUCUAACAAUGCCCGUUCCAUAUAUCUCUCCAAAUACUUCUCCCACUCUUAGUCCGCACCAGAUCCCAAAUUCUCCUCAUGACAGUGUCGAAGGCUACCCCGUCGUAGGGGGACUUACCUUGAAUCAAGUUCUCCCAGACUGGUCUUUUGGCAAAUUUGAAACGAUCGUCAAGAAAGAUCAUGAGUUGGUGAAACUACCUCCAGAACAUCUUAAACUUUGGAGUUAUGCUGGAAACCUAGAGAGCAAACAUGCCUUGCACAGCCCUCCAAGUCGAGAUUGAUUUCUAAAUCGCAACAGUUGAAGAUCGCGGCUGUAAUUGUUUUUGUUGAAACCGAGGGGUUUGAGUUGGAACGGAUGUAGUUUACAUAGCUUUCAGGAAGCCUUCAACAGAUAAGGGAUUGGACUCUCGCCUGUGGAUGGGUUUACGAUCCUAAAUCACUUCGGGACUAUAACAAUCAUCUAAUCAUUAACUGCAGGAUGUUGCAGUCGCUGCAUGAGACUACGUGUUCCUCGCUAAGGAACACCAAGAGAUGCACCAUACUUUCUUCAGAAAGCAAUCCUUCAUCAGCGUAGAAAAAAGGGGACCUACUCAAGCCAAGAGUUCUGGGUAAAGUUCUCCAAUCUCUUUGUGCUGAGAUUUCUCAUAUCUGGUCUAUUUCUUCUCAACAGUUAGCAUUCACAGCGGCAGUUUUAUAUACUUGCCUAAUUCUUUUUGGAAUGUCUCUACAAGUUUGGGACACACUUGCCGUAGAAUUUGUCUGUACAAAUUGUUUGUAGGUGGUUUUUUUGUCAUACUAGACUUUUAAAAUAAGUUAAUCAGUUCUGAGAUGAGAGCUUGGUUUGUGAACCUAGGCUCUUUGUUGUACAAUGCUUUGUUCUACUUGAUCUGAAACACCAUCCAUGUUUCAAUCCAAACUAUGAUUUGACUUUGGA